UAAUCGACAAAAAAUGUAAGACUACUAACGUGCCCAACUUAAUGAAAUGACUGGCGGGUUUUUUAAAGUCUAUUCGUGGGUGAAUAAUUGACUUCAAUUAAACUAUGGUUGGAGCUUAUUGAAUUGUGGGAAAAGCAAGUGCAGAGAAGUUGACUAUGCUAUGGUAUAACGUAUAAGUAGCUAGGUACUGUGUAGAAUCACUGGUGGUCCGGAUAUAAAUUGCACCAUGGCAGUUUAUACUCUAAAGGAGUUAUGCCUUGCGUAUGUUGUUAACAACAUACACAACGUUGAUUCACUCCAUGGAUUACCUGCGCUCAUUGGUAAAGAAAUAUUUGAUGGUUGCAUGGAAGCAGGUUACUUCAAUACUGAUGAAUAUGGUAAUUGGAGAAAAGUUCUAGAUGUAUUUGUAGAUGCUUACGCUGAAGAAGUUCUUCAAAGAUUAAAUCUACAAAGUAAAUGGAUGUUCUUGGCUUCGUGUUUAGACUGUAUAGUUCCAUAUACUUAUAUUCAAUACAUUGACUUGUCACAUUGCAGAAUUGGAAACAGCCAUGAAAUUUUAUGUCAUUUGGGAACACUACAGUUGAUUAAAGUUAUCGCUUUACAUUAUAACAAUAUUUCAAUUCAGGGAAUUAAAAUUUUUACAUCUAAACACAGAAGAGCUAAAUGGGGACUUGAAUGUUUAGAAGUUUUGCGUUUGGAUGGAAAUCCCAAUAUAACACAAGAAUGUCUUCCGUUUCUAACUACUUUACCUGCUUUAAAAAUUAUAUGUUUUGAUGCAAAAGUGCUGGAGAAACAGCCCGCACUUACAGGACAUUUAAAAAUCUGUUCUCAUUCCUCUGACUUUCAUUCUGAUGUAUUUAGUGAAAGCAAAGGCAGGGGUCAUGGAUGGGCUGCACCAUUACUAAAUAUGUACAUACAAGAUAUGGACGAAAAAUUGUCAAAACCACCAAUGUUUACAUUUUCCAAGAAAGCGCCCAACACUGGUAGGAUUCCUGAAAACAAUUUUAGCGAAAAGAGUGAGAUAAACGAUUCUCAAAAUAAUUCCGGUACAAUUAUUAUUUGUGAUUGUACUGCAAAAGAAUUGUCAACACCUUUUUCACACAAACAAUCUAAGAGCUUGAAAACCUUACAAAGUAAUAGUGAUAACAAAUUGCAUGAAGGAAAUGCAAAGUUGAAGAGAAAAUACAUCAAUGAUGUUCCAGCAGACACUGCAGAAACUAGCUCAAAAAAUCUUAAGAUUUUGAAGUUAGAUCCUAGUGUGUUAAAUUUGUAUUUAUAAAUUCUUGCCAUUUUUGUUCACAUUUUUACAGAAUCCAUUAUGUUUUCAUUUUUCUACAGGGUAUACAUACUGAUUUUUUAUUAUUUUAAACA